AUGGCGACGAGGAAUCGGACGACGGUGUACAGGAAGCACAGGGAUGCGUGUAAGAGCGCUCGUGCUCCUUUAUCUUUAUCGGCUUCUGAUUCCUUCGGUGGUCCGGUGAUCGAAAUGGUUAGCGGCUCGUUUACUCGGUCGAAUCACACUGCUUACGCUCCUCUGAAUUCCAGUGAUCCUGGUCCGUCGAGUAGCGAUGCCUUCACAAUUGGUCUCCCACCAGCUUGGGUAGAUGAUUCUGAGGAGAUAACUUUUAAUAUACAAAGUGUGCGAGACAAAAUGAGUGAGCUAGCAAAGGCUCAUUCGAAGGCUCUAAUGCCUACGUUUGGGGACAACAAAGGGAUUCAUCGUGCGGUCGAAAUGCUCACUCAUGAAAUCACGGAUCUGUUGAGGAAUUCAGAAAAGAGACUGCAGAAGUUAUCUACUCGAGGGCCUUCAGAAGAAUCAAAUCUCAGGAAAAAUGUGCAGCGUUCUCUUGCAACAGAUCUUCAAAGCCUCUCCAUGGAGCUUCGCAGAAAACAGUCUACUUAUUUGAAACGUUUGCAGCAGCAGAAAGAGGGUCAGGAUGAUGUAGAUUUGGAGUUUAACAUGAAUGGAAACAUGUCGAGACUUGAUGAAGACGAGGAACUUGGUGGGAUGGGUUUUGAUGAACACCAGACAAUCAAGUUGAAGGAAGGGCAACAUGUCUCAGCGGAAAGGGAAAGAGAGAUUCAGCAGGUUUUGGGAUCCGUGAAUGACCUUGCACAGAUAAUGAAGGACUUAUCAGCUCUUGUGAUUGACCAGGGUACAAUAGUUGAUCGAAUAGACUACAAUAUCCAGAAUGUUUCAACAUCGGUAGAGGAAGGCUUUAAACAACUACAAAAGGCGGAGAGAACACAAAGAGAAGGAGCAAUGGUGAAAUGUGCGACGAUACUUCUUAUACUCUGUAUCAUAAUGAUUGUUCUUUUAGUCCUCAAGAAUAUGUUGUUCUAG